UUCGCUCGGUUGCCGGAAGAGGAAGUGUCGGGCAGGCCGGCUCUACGGAAGCCGAGUUGGGCCCGCCGCGGUGGCACGAGCGAGGCCGAGCCGGGGCCCCGCGUGCGGCUGACCCACGCUCUCUCUGCAUCCCCAACCCCGGCCACGGCCCCAGGAGUCUCCGGAAGCAGCCGCCCGGCAGUCGCCACCAUGGUGAAGGAGCAGUUCCGCGAGACGGAUGUGGCCAAGAAAAUAAGCCACAUCUGCUUCGGAAUGAAGUCCCCUGAAGAAAUGCGCCAGCAGGCUCACAUCCAGGUGGUCAGUAAGAACUUGUACAGCCAGGACAAUCACCACUCCCCCCUGCUUUAUGGGGUUCUUGACCACAGGAUGGGUACAAGUGAGAAGGAUCGUCCUUGUGAAACCUGUGGAAAGAAUUUAGCAGAAUGUUUGGGUCAUUAUGGAUACAUUGACUUGGAAUUGCCAUGUUUUCAUGUGGGAUACUUCAAAGCUGUUAUAGGUGUUCUACAGAUGAUCUGUAAAACUUGCUGCCAUAUUAUGCUGUCCCAAGAGGAAAGAAAACAAUUUUUAGAUUACCUAAAAAGGCCUGGUCUCACUUAUCUGCAGAAAAGAGGGCUCAAAAAAAAAAUCUCUGAUAAAUGCAAGAAAAAGAACACUUGUCAUCAUUGUGGAGCUUUCAAUGGUACUGUCAAGAAAUGUGGCUUGUUGAAGAUCAUUCAUGAGAAAUACAAGACAAAUAAAAAAGUUGUGGAUCCUGUUGUGUCUAAUUUCCUUCAGUCAUUUGAAACCGCCAUUGAAUAUAACAAAGAAGUAGAGCCCCUCCUAGGGAGAGCACAGGAAAACUUGAAUCCCUUGGUGGUCCUGAACUUAUUUAAGAGAAUCCCAGCUGAAGAUAUCCCUCUCCUUCUAAUGAACCCAGAAGCAGGGAAGCCCUCUGACCUGAUUCUCACACGGCUCCUGGUGCCUCCUUUGUGUAUCCGACCCUCUGUUGUGAGCGAUCUGAAAUCGGGCACAAAUGAAGACGAUUUGACCAUGAAACUGACAGAAAUCAUCUUCCUUAAUGAUGUCAUCAAAAAGCAUCGGAUAUCUGGUGCCAAAACGCAAAUGAUCAUGGAAGAUUGGGACUUCCUGCAGCUCCAGUGUGCCCUCUACAUCAAUAGUGAACUCUCAGGAAUACCCCUCAAUAUGGCACCUAAGAAAUGGACCAGAGGUUUUGUUCAGCGAUUGAAAGGAAAACAAGGGCGCUUUAGAGGAAAUCUCUCUGGAAAAAGGGUAGACUUUUCUGGCAGAACAGUCAUCUCACCUGACCCCAAUCUCCGGAUUGAUGAAGUAGCCGUGCCGGUUCAUGUGGCCAAAAUAUUAACCUUUCCUGAGAAGGUAAAUAAAGCAAACAUCAAUUUUAUGAGGAAGCUUGUUAGAAAUGGUCCUGAAGUUCACCCAGGAGCCAACUUCAUUCAACAACGACACAUGCAAAUGAAAAGGUUUCUGAAGUAUGGAAAUCGGGAGAAGAUGGCUCAAGAGCUCAAAUAUGGUGACAUCGUAGAGAGACAUCUCAUAGAUGGUGAUGUGGUAUUAUUCAACCGACAGCCUUCGCUACACAAAUUGAGCAUCAUGGCUCACUUAGCAAGAGUAAAACCCCACCGGACCUUCAGAUUUAAUGAAUGUGUCUGUACACCCUACAAUGCUGAUUUUGAUGGAGAUGAAAUGAACCUUCAUCUUCCUCAAACUGAAGAAGCUAAAGCAGAGGCUCUCGUUCUCAUGGGGACAAAAGCAAACCUGGUAACACCAAGAAAUGGGGAACCACUAAUUGCUGCUAUUCAAGAUUUCUUGACAGGUGCCUAUCUUCUUACUCUUAAAGAUACUUUCUUUGAUCGAGCUAAAGCUUGUCAGAUCAUUGCUUCCAUUCUAGUUGGCAAGGAUGAGAAAAUUAAAGUUCGUCUUCCUCCCCCAGCAAUCCUAAAGCCUGUUACCUUGUGGACUGGAAAACAAGUCUUCAGUCUCAUUCUUCAACCCAGUGAUGAGAAUCCCGUGAGAGCCAACCUUCGAACGAAGGGCAAGCAAUACUGUGGCCGAGGGGAGGACCUUUGUGUUAAUGACUCCUAUGUGACCAUCCAGAACAGUGAAUUAAUGAGUGGCAGUAUGGACAAAGGAACUUUAGGAUCUGGAUCGAAGAACAACAUCUUUUACAUUUUACUGAGAGACUGGGGCCAGAUUGAAGCUGCUGAUGCAAUGUCACGACUUGCCAGGCUGGCACCUGUUUAUCUGUCCAACAGAGGCUUCUCCAUUGGAAUCGGUGAUGUCACGCCUGGCCAGGGACUGCUGAAGGCCAAAUAUGAAUUACUGACUGCUGGUUACAAAAAAUGUGAUGAAUAUAUCGAAGCCUUGAACACGGGCAAACUUCAGCAGCAGCCUGGGUGCACUGCAGAGGAGACAUUAGAGGCAUUAAUCCUCAAGGAGCUCUCUGUGAUCCGAGACCACGCUGGCAAUGCUUGCCUCCGAGAGCUGGAUAAGAGCAAUAGCCCCCUUACCAUGGCCCUUUGUGGCUCUAAAGGUUCUUUCAUUAAUAUAUCCCAGAUGAUUGCUUGUGUGGGACAGCAGGCUAUCAGUGGUUCUCGCGUGCCAGACGGCUUUGAGAAUAGAUCCUUACCUCACUUUGAGAAGCACUCAAAGCUUCCUGCUGCCAAAGGUUUUGUUGCUAAUAGCUUCUAUUCUGGUUUGACGCCGACGGAGUUUUUCUUCCAUACAAUGGCUGGCAGGGAAGGGCUGGUUGACACAGCUGUCAAGACUGCUGAGACAGGAUAUAUGCAGAGAAGACUUGUGAAAUCUCUUGAAGAUCUCUGCUCACAAUAUGACCUUACUGUGCGAAGCUCAACUGGUGAUAUUAUCCAAUUUAUUUAUGGUGGUGAUGGCUUGGAUCCCGCAGCCAUGGAGGGGAAAGAUGAGCCUUUGGAGUUCAAAAGAGUGCUUGAUAACAUCAAAGCAGUCUUCCCGUGCCAGAGUGAACCAGCUCUCAGUAAAAAUGAAUUGGUGCUAACAACUGAAUCUAUUAUGAAGAGAAAUGAAUUCCUCUGUUGCCAGGACAGCUUUCUUCAGGAAAUAAAAAAAUUUAUCAAAGUUGUUUCCGAGAAGAUCAAGAAAACCAGAGAUAAAUAUGGCAUCAAUGAUAAUGGAACAACAGAGCCACGAGUAUUGUACCAGUUGGAUCGGAUCACUCCAACCCAAAUAGAAAAGUUUCUUGAGACCUGUAGGGACAAGUACAUGAGGGCACAGAUGGAGCCCGGCUCUGCGGUGGGUGCGCUCUGCGCUCAGAGCAUUGGCGAGCCUGGCACACAGAUGACGCUGAAGACCUUCCACUUUGCAGGGGUGGCCUCCAUGAACAUCACUCUGGGCGUGCCCCGCAUCAAGGAAAUCAUCAAUGCCUCCAAAGCCAUCAGCACCCCCAUUAUCACGGCCCAGCUGGACAAGGACAAUGACGCCGACUACGCCCGCCUCGUGAAAGGUCGGAUCGAGAAAACUCUCUUGGGAGAGAUUUCCGAGUACAUCGAAGAGGUCUUUCUCCCGGACGAUUGUUUCAUUCUCGUCAAGCUCUCGUUGGAACGGAUCAGACUUCUGAGACUGGAAGUGAAUGCCGAAACUGUGCGAUACUCCAUUUGUACAUCCAAGCUGCGAGUGAAGCCCGGAGAUGUGGCUGUUCAUGGGGAGGCCGUGCUCUGUGUUACCCCAAGAGAGAACAGCAAGAGCUCAAUGUACUAUGUGCUGCAGUUCCUGAAGGAAGACCUGCCCAAAGUUGUGGUACAAGGCAUCCCCGAGGUAGCCAGAGCCGUGAUUCAUAUUGAUGAGCAGAGUGGAAAGGAGAAGUACAAGCUGCUGGUGGAAGGUGACAACCUCAGGGCCGUCAUGGCGACUCAUGGUGUCCAAGGCACCAAGACGACUUCCAAUAACACGUAUGAGGUAGAGAAAACCCUGGGCAUUGAAGCUGCACGGUCAACUAUCAUUAAUGAGAUCCAGUACACCAUGGUUAACCACGGCAUGAGCAUCGACAGGAGACACGUCAUGCUGCUUUCGGAUCUCAUGACGUACAAGGGUGAAGUUCUGGGCAUCACUAGGUUUGGCCUGGCCAAGAUGAAGGAAAGCGUGCUGAUGCUGGCUUCCUUUGAAAAGACUGCUGAUCAUCUCUUUGAUGCGGCCUACUUUGGGCAGAAGGAUUCCGUGUGUGGUGUUUCUGAGUGCAUUAUCAUGGGAAUCCCAAUGAACAUUGGAACUGGGCUCUUCAAGCUGCUACAUAAAGCCGACAGGGACCCAAACCCUCCCAAAAGGCCCCUCAUCUUCGAUACAAAUGAAUUUCACAUUCCCCUUGUCACAUAGCACACGUCAAGAGAAUGGAGCAGAGACAGUCCUAAUCUUGAGCUCCCUUUCUGUGCCAGCCUAUCCAGAAAGGAGGAGACUCGGGGGGCUGUUGCUGUGUUAACAGUGUUGUCCCCCCAGAGCCAAGCAGAGCCUCCCAAAGCCAGCGUUCGCAGGAUGUGCGUCCCAAGGAGCAGUUCCUGCCUCACCCUGGAUUUGGGGAGAUCAUCUUGGGGACUGAAACACAUCAGUGUUUCUCGGGACUCAUGACCUGGAAAUUUGCCUCUCUGAAGGACACCCUAUUUGGGACACCUCAAUACUGAGUUCCCUCCCAGCCCGAUCCUAACAGAUGCUUGCCAUAAAUUGUGUCGACCUUGUGGGAGGACUCCUGCUGGAUACGCCCCUGUUCUAGUGCUCUCUAGUUCUCAGCCCCUAGGGUGGCUCAAAGUAUCUUCCCUGUGGAAGGACCCAGCUCCCGCUUUUUGUUUGUCUUUGGAUGCAGGGAUUUCCUAAUGUGAUGUGUUUGGGUAAAAGUCAUUACUGUUAUUUAUUUAUUUGGUUUAGAAAGUUUGAUGUUUUUUGUUUGGUUUUGAGCACAAGGUAACUACAAAACCAGCAUUGAAGUAGCACUGGGAAAACUCCCAUGGAAGCCUGUAGUCCCUCUUGGGAACUUCUUGCCGCCCUGACAGAACCUGGGCCACUCUCACCUGCCCCUACCCCUGACCACAAGGCAGUUUGAGGCAGCGUUCGUGUUCUCCUUGGAGUGUGCUGCCCCUUUGUAAUCCAAGAAAAGUUUCCAGGGUUCCAGGAUCCAGCCUCUCUGUUGGGGCCCCUUGUGAAGCAGAGGCAGAAGUCCGGGGUGAGCAAGGCCAUGGCUGGCUUCCCUGCUUUUUGAGCUCUAAGAAGGCCAAAGGAAGCCAUCGAUCCAAGAUGAGCUGCUGGAAAGGGAAGGCCUGCAGCUGAUGGGGGCGGAGGAAAACUCGGAAAGGAGACUCCGGUUGGUUGGUUUUCUUAUAAAGAAACUUCCACUUGUUGGUAUGAAAAUGGCUGGCUUCACCAAGCUUGCCAAUGAAGUGUUCUACAGUGAAUUAAAUGAUUAAACAGUAAA